AUGCCGCCACAACACCGCAAAGCCUCGACCACCCACUCGGUCUUCACGAGGCCGCCGCCCUCUGCCGUGACCUACGACCUGUCAGUCCCUCACCAGGCCACCAUCACGCUCCCGCCCGGCUCCGCGUGGACCUCGGGCCCGCACUGGCACGAGAUGCACACCGAGUUCUUGCGGGUCGUCUCGGGCGCCGCCGAGAUCCGGUUGUGCGGCACCCUGCUGCCCGCCGUCACCGCCGCCGAUGGCACUAUCACGGUGCCACGCGGUGAGAUCCACGAGUGGAAGCGUAGCAGUAGCACUCUUCAAGACGAGCCGCUGGUCGUCAGCGAGUGGACGCAACCCCGGGAUGGGGUCAAGGAGGUCUUCUUCCGGUGUGUCAACGGGCUGCUUCUCGAGUCCGACCCGGGGGAGGCGAGGAAGCGGGAGCCAAGGGGAACGUCUCAGGGACGCUGGAAUGAUACGUGGCAGCGGUGGAUAUUGGAGCUGGAGCUGAUGAAUGUUUUCUGGCGGAUGGACAACUGGCCGCUCCUCCUGCCAGUGGGCUGGCCGGGCAUCGUACAAUGGAUCGCGACGAAGGCUGUGCUUGGGGUUGCGUUGGUACUUGGUUGGUGCUUGGGGCGGAAGGGGGUGUAUAAAUAG